AUGGUUUAUCAAGGAUUUGGGCUCGAAGAACUUGCACCACCAUCUCAUCAUAACAAGUCUUUUAAAGAUUUAACGCCUGAUGAACAGGGAGAAAGAGGUGCUCAAAUGAUGGUAAAUUUUAUGACUUCAUGUCCUGGAAAAUCAAUCAUAAGUGGUGUUACAGGGUUUGCCCUAGGUGGUGUUCUUGGUCUAUUUAUGGCAUCCAUGGCCUACGACACACCUUUACAUACUCCGCUGGCAGGAGGCGUAACCGCUAAUGUACAACAAAUGGCUGAUCUCCCUUUGAAACAACAAGUUAAAUUACAGUUUGCUGAUAUGGGGAAGAGAUCCUAUUCUAGUGCGAAGAAUUUUGGUUAUAUUGGUAUGAUUUAUGCUGGAGUAGAAUGUGUAGUUGAAUCUUUGAGAGCUAAGAAUGAUAUAUAUAACGGGGUUACUGCAGGUUGUAUAACAGGUGGUGGGUUGGCUUAUAAAAGUGGUCCACAAGCUGCAUUGAUGGGAUGUGGUGGUUUUGCUCUAUUUUCAGCAGCCAUCGAUAUGUAUAUGAAAAGUGAAGAUGGUAGGCCGCCAGCAAAUGAUUUCAAAGGAUAA